UCUAUUUAUUCCUCCCCUGCUUCCACACACUGAGCAUACUGCCUACAAACUCUCUCUCAUCUCUGGCUUACGAGUGAAGCAGAAAGAAAGACGAGAUGGGCUUGAAGGAAGAGUUUGAAGAGUAUGCUGAGAAGGCCAAGACCCUUCCUGAGACCACAACAAAUGAGAAUAAGCUCAUCCUUUAUGGACUCUACAAACAAGCAACUGUUGGACCUGUGAACACCAGCCGCCCUGGGUUGUUCAAUAUGAGGGACAGAGCAAAGUGGGAUGCAUGGAAGGCGGUUGAAGGAAAAUCACAGGAGGAAGCAAUGAGCGAUUACAUCACCAAGGUCAAGCAACUGCAGGAAGAAGCAGCUGCCUCCGCUUGAUAUUUGUUUCCAUAAUGUGGAACUUUGAAAUGGAUUAUGUGAUUGUAUGUCUUUGACAGGAAACACAGUUUUAGUGGGUUUAUCAGGUAUUGUACUUUGACAAUAUUAUGCCAAAUGGAGUGUGGACUCCUUAGUUAAAUGCAUGCAAAUAUUAGUAAGCUA